AUGUGCAAGUUUAAUGUUGAAUGCAAAGAAGGUGAGGGAACCUGCUGCUGCCCUGAAAACGCUCCAUGCAAAGGGUUUACCCCUGUACAAGGAAUUGUUUGCCCUCAGCCAAUGAGGCUGCCCAAAACUUCGAUGCCACCAAAUUGCCUGGUCCACAUCCUUCAGCAACAGUCGACCAUAAUCAGAAUGCUGGCUGAACAAAACGAAGUCACUAACAAAAAGCUGGCUUGUGUCCUUGCCAAGCUAGAAUCACUAGGACCAAAAGAUACUGGUCUUCCCCUUGUUGAAUUACCUGAAGAAUCUACAUCUUCACGAAGCCUUUUGUCAACUUUAUGUGGAAGUACUGCGGAGUUUCAAUACUCUAUUAAGUUGACAAGUGAAAUCCCAAGCCCUGUUUUCAAAGAAAGAGCUUUCACACGGGAUUUUUUUAUUAUUUUUUUAAAAAUUAUUAAAAAAUGCAUUAGGAAAUUUUGCUUUUCCCUUCACACUCACAGCUCAAAUUGUUGAUUUGCAGGGAAAUGAAGUACAACUUGCAGACCAUGUACAAUUCAAAAUUAUGCUUUUUACGUCAGAAAACCCUCCAAAGGUGUUAACAAUUAAUACAUCUGGGGACAAAAUCAUGAGAGGGACGGUAGAGGUGGAAAGUUCAAGCCAAAUAGUUUUCAGUAAAAUCGUGAUAAAAGAAGUCACGUCACAUUUUCGCAAUGGGUGCUUUUUCCUUGUUGUAAAUCCGGUAGGAAUGCCAAGUAUAAAACCGCUAAUUAUUGAUAACUUGGUGAUUAAAGCAAGGAAGGUGAAUCCUGAAGGAAACCCCAGGAAAAAGAUAAAGACAGAGAUGAACAUUGAGGUUAGUUAA